UUUUUUCCCAUAACUGAGCGACGAUUUCUUUUUGGGUGAAGAAAGAGACUGGGCUGCGGCGUCUGGAGGGUUAACUUUCAGUAUUCUCAGCCUAAAAGGGGUUUGGGGGGCUAUGAGAUAAAGAUGCCGGGGUCGCUGAGUAAUGAAGACGAGGGACAAGACGACAUGGAUUUUGAAGACGAUAUGCCAGAUGAGGAUGACGAAGGUGAGCGCAACACUGUUCCCCUCACUCCCCUUGACAUCUUUUCUGACAACGACUCCCUCAAACAACAAAAGAAGAAGAAGCCCAAAAAGAUGAAAGAGGGGAAAAUGCCCAAAGUUAAGAAGAGGAAAAAGGAGGGAGGAAUCCAGCCAAGAGUUGACAGCGACCUGGAGGAGACCUCAGAGGUGGAGGAGGAAAGGGAACGGCCAGAAAUAGGCUCAGAGAGUGAGAGCAGCGCGUAUGGUCCAACCAAAAAGAAGAAAAAGAAACCGAAGGAGAAGAAAGAGAAGAAGCCCAGGAAGAAGAAGAGAGAUGAGGAAGAUGACGAUGAUGACGAUGAUGAUGGGAACAUGAAAGAACCCAAAUCAUCCAGCCAGUUGAUGCAGGAGUGGGGUCUGGAAGACGUUCAGUAUGGCUUCACCGAGGACGACUACAAAACCAUCACAAACUACAAGGCUUUCAGCCAGUUCCUCAGGCCUCUCAUUGCCAAGAAGAACCCGAAGAUUCCCAUGUCAAAGAUGAUGACAGUGUUAGGGGCCAAGUGGCGAGAGUUCAGUGCCAACAACCCGUUCAAAGGCGCAUCUGCCACCGCUGUGGCUGCCGCUGUGGCUGCCGCCGUGGAAACAGUUACCGUGGCACAGCCGACAUCUGUCAGCAGCAGCCAGCCGAGCUCUCAGCUGGGGCCAAUCAAAAAAGCCAAAACCAAAGAGGGAAAGGGACCAGGAGUAAGGAAGAGAAGCAAGACUGUGAAGGAGGUGAAGAAGAAACCCAAGCCGAAGAAGACCAAAUCAAAGUCGGGCCAGAGUGGGAAGAAGAAGAAAGCAUCCUCGAGCGAGGAGGACUUCCUGGAGGAGUCAGACUUUGAUGACAUCAGCAUCCACAGUGCCUCUGUGCUUUCUGAUACCUCGGGGGCCGCCACCAAGAAAAAGGCCCGACGUGGGCGGAAAAAAAGGAAAAAGGAAGAUGGUGACGGUUAUGAGACAGACCACCAGGACUACUGUGAGGUUUGCCAGCAGGGUGGAGAGAUUAUCCUGUGUGACACCUGUCCCAGAGCGUACCACCUGGUCUGUCUGGACCCAGAGCUGGAGAAGGCCCCUGAGGGCAAAUGGAGUUGUCCACACUGUGAGAAAGAGGGCAUCCAGUGGGAAGCCAAAGAUGAGGAGGAAGAGGAGGAGGAGCCAGCAGGCGAGGAAGAGGACGACCACAUGGAGUUUUGCCGAGUGUGUAAAGAUGGAGGAGAGCUGCUGUGUUGUGACACCUGCCCAUCUUCCUACCACAUCCACUGCCUCAACCCGCCUCUCCCCGAGAUACCCAACGGGGAGUGGUUGUGUCCACGCUGCAUGUGUCCUCCCCUCAAAGGUAAGGUCCAAAAGAUUCUGCACUGGACAUGGGGAGAGCCCCCGUUGCCAGCUGAACUGCCCGCAGGCCCCGACGGCAAGCCAAAUGAUCCACUGACCAAGCCUCCGCUCAAGGGCCACCCAGAGAGGGAGUUCUUCGUAAAGUGGGCUGGCCUUUCGUACUGGCACUGCUCCUGGGUCAGCGAGCUGCAGUUGGAGCUGUACCAUACCGUCAUGUAUCGGAACUACCAGCGCAAGAACGACAUGGACGAACCUCCGCCGUACGACUACGGCUCCGGAGAGGAGGAGCUCAACAGCGAGAAGAGGAAGAGCAAAGACCCCCAGUAUGCUGUGAUGGAGGAGCGCUUCUACCGCUAUGGCAUCAAACCAGAGUGGAUGGUUAUCCACCGGAUACUCAACCACAGCUUUGAUAAGGAUGGCGAUGUGCAUUACCUGAUCAAGUGGAGAGAUCUGCCCUACGACCAGUGCACUUGGGAGGUCGACGACUUUGACGUCCCAGAAUAUGACGGUCAUAAAGCUUCGUACUGGGACCACAGGGAACAAAUACUGGGGGAGGACCAACGCCCCCUGGUGGUGAGGAAAGGAAAGAAACUCAAAGACGACCAUCCAAAGAGGGAGGUCCCCCCUGAUGCUCCCAUCAUAGACCCAACCAUCAAGUUUGAACACCAGCCGUGGUACAUUAACGCCACCGGGGGAACGCUGCACCCGUACCAGCUGGAAGGCCUGAACUGGUUGAGGUUCUCCUGGGCGCAGGGCACUGACACCAUCCUGGCUGAUGAGAUGGGCCUCGGAAAGACGGUGCAGACGAUAGUGUUUCUCUACUCUCUCUAUAAGGAGGGUCACUCGAAGGGGCCGUUCUUGGUGAGUGCGCCCCUCUCCACUAUAAUCAACUGGGAGCGGGAAUUUGAGAUGUGGGCUCCAGAUUUCUACGUGGUGACUUACACUGGAGACAAAGACAGCCGGGCGAUCAUCAGGGAGAAUGAGUUCACCUUUGAAGACAAUGCUGUGAAACAGGGACGCAAGGUGUUUCGCAUGAAGAAAGACACUCCCAUCAAGUUCCACGUGCUGCUGACCUCCUAUGAGCUGAUCACUAUAGAUCAAGCCAUCCUGGGCUCCAUCACAUGGGCCUGCCUGGUGGUAGACGAGGCCCACCGACUGAAGAACAACCAAUCAAAGUUUUUCAGAAUCCUCAACGGGUAUAAGAUCUACUACAAGCUGCUGCUCACUGGGACUCCUCUACAGAACAACCUGGAAGAGCUGUUCCACCUGCUUAACUUCCUCACCCCCGAGCGCUUCAAUAACCUGGAUGGCUUCCUGGAGGAGUUUGCUGAUAUCUCUAAGGAGGACCAGAUCAAGAAGCUGCACGACCUGCUCGGCCCUCAUAUGCUCAGAAGGCUGAAAGCCGACGUCUUCAAGAACAUGCCUGCAAAGACAGAGUUGAUUGUGCGAGUGGAGCUCAGCCCCAUGCAGAAGAAAUAUUACAAGUUUAUUUUGACGCGGAAUUUCGAGGCUCUGAACUCCAAAGGUGGAGGGAACCAGGUGUCCCUGCUCAACAUUAUGAUGGACCUGAAGAAGUGCUGCAACCAUCCCUACCUGUUCCCUGUGGCUGCUGUGGAAGCUCCUGUAUUACCCAACGGCUCAUAUGAUGGCAACCUGCUGGUGAAGUCCUCAGGAAAACUGACGCUGCUUCAAAAAAUGCUGAAGAAACUGAAAGAUGAAGGACACAGAGUUCUCAUUUUCUCUCAGAUGACAAAGAUGUUGGAUCUACUUGAGGAUUUUCUGGAGUUUGAAGGUUAUAAAUAUGAGCGUAUUGAUGGAGGAAUUACUGGAGGCCUCAGGCAGGAGGCCAUUGACCGCUUCAAUGCACCGGGCGCUCAGCAGUUCUGCUUCUUGCUUUCAACAAGAGCUGGAGGUCUUGGCAUCAACCUGGCGAGCGCAGACACUGUCAUCAUCUACGACUCGGACUGGAAUCCUCACAAUGACAUCCAAGCUUUUAGCAGAGCUCAUCGUAUCGGCCAAAACAGGAAGGUGAUGAUCUAUCGUUUCGUGACGCGAGGCUCAGUGGAGGAGCGAAUCACUCAGGUGGCAAAGAGGAAGAUGAUGCUGACCCACCUGGUGGUGCGGCCCGGCCUGGGCUCCAAAACUGGCUCCAUGUCCAAACAAGAACUGGACGAUAUCCUAAAGUUUGGCACGGAGGAGCUUUUCAAAGAUGAAAUGGAAGCAGCACGAACUAUGGGUGACAACAAGGAGGGUGAGGAGGGCAACGUGAUUCACUACGAUGAUGACGCUAUCUCGAAGCUGUUGGACCGUAGCCAGGACGCCACUGAAGACACUGAGAUCCAGAACAUGAACGAGUACCUGAGCUCCUUCAAGGUGGCUCAGUAUGUGGUGAAGGAAGAGGAUGGAGAGGAGGAGGUGGAGCGGGAGAUCAUCAAGCAGGAGGAGAACGUGGAUCCAGACUACUGGGAGAAGCUGCUCCGCCAUCACUACGAGCAGCAGCAGGAGGAUCUGGCACGCAACCUCGGCAAAGGCAAACGCAUCCGAAAGCAGGUCAACUACAACGACACGACCCAGGAGGACCAAGAGUGGCAGGAUGAUCUUUCAGACAAUCACUCGGAGUACUCUGUGGGGUCCGAGGACGAGGACGAAGAUUUCGAGGAGAGGCCUGAAGGUGGACGCAGACAGUCUCGUCGGCAGCUGAAGAAUGAGAAAGACAAACCUCUGCCACCCUUACUGGCACGAGUUGGGGGCAGUAUUGAGGUCCUUGGGUUCAACGCUCGCCAGAGGAAAGCCUUCCUCAACGCCAUCAUGCGCUGGGGCAUGCCUCCUCAGGAUGCUUUUAACUCCCAUUGGCUGGUUCGGGACCUGAGAGGGAAGAGUGAGCGCGAGUUCAGGGCCUAUGUGUCUCUGUUCAUGAGACACCUGUGUGAGCCGGGGGCAGACGGAGCAGAGACCUUUGCUGAUGGAGUCCCACGUGAGGGACUGUCUCGUCAGCAUGUUCUUACCAGGAUCGGCGUCAUGUCCCUUGUCAGGAAAAAGGUGCAAGAGUUUGAGCACGUAAAUGGAAAGCUGAGUUCUCCAGAUCUGAUUCCCAUCGGCAUGGAGCUCAAGAAACUGACUGAGAGUUUAUCUUCUGAUCCCAACACCCCUGUGCCAGCCAGCCCCAUCGCCACGCAGCCCGGCACUCCUGUCCCGCCAGAGAAGACGGAGUCUCUCUUGGGUCCCGCUGAAGACAAGGAGACCACAGAGCAGGACAGCAAGAAACCAUCAGAGCAGGAAUCCUCCAGUGCAGAGCCAGCAUCUGCACCUGAGAAGGCAGCUGAUGGAGAAGAGAGCAAGGCCAGCUCAGAGGAGAAGACAGGAGAUGAGAGGGACACAACCGAGUCACCCUCUGCAAAGACGGAGCCAUCUGCCAACUCGAAAGAGCUUGCUUUGAAACAGACAGAGCUAUCAUCCAGUCAGACCUCACCUAAAACGGAGCCCUGCAAAGAAACAGAAAAAGGAGAUAGUGAUUCUCCUCAGGCGAAAACUGAAGACAAGGAAAAUAAGCCAGCUGUUGCAGAUGAUAUGAAGAGUGAAGAUGCAUUAGAGGGCCGAUUAAACGGAGACAAAGACACUUUGGACGAGAUGGAUGAGAGCAGGAAGGAGGACAAGAAUGGAUAUAAAGCCAAGUUUAUGUUUAAUAUUGCUGACGGAGGUUUCACAGAGUUGCACACCCUCUGGCAAACCGAAGAGCGAGCGGCGCUGUCUUCUGGAAAGAUGCACGACAUCUGGCACCGUCGCCAUGACUACUGGCUUUUAGCUGGCAUCGUAACACACGGAUAUGCUCGUUGGCAAGACAUUCAGAAUGACCCACGUUAUGCUAUUUUGAAUGAGCCCUUCAAGACCGAGAUGCAUAAGGGCAACUACCUAGAGAUGAAGAACAAGUUCCUGGCUCGCCGCUUUAAGUUGUUGGAGCAGGCUCUGGUGAUUGAGGAGCAGUUGAGGCGGGCAGCUUACCUGAAUAUGACCCAGGACCCCAGUCACCCGGCCAUGGCUCUCAACACUCGCUUCGCCGAGGUGGAAUGUCUGGCAGAGUCCCACCAGCACCUGUCCAAAGAGUCUCUGGCCGGGAACAAGCCUGCCAACGCCGUGCUGCACAAAGUCUUGAACCAGCUGGAGGAGCUCCUGAGUGACAUGAAAGCUGAUGUGACCCGACUGCCCAACAUGCUGUCCAGGAUCCCGCCGGUGUCGGCCCGUCUGCAGAUGUCUGAGAGGAGCAUCCUGAGCCGCCUCACCAGCCGAGGGAGCGAGCCUCCACCGCAGCAGCCUUUCAGUCAGGGCGGGUUCGGCUGCUCUCAGAUGUACAGCAGCAGCUUCGGUGGAGGAUUCAGAGGACCGGGUGGACAGCCGAUGGUCAACUACAGUCAGAUGCCUCUGGGGCCCUACGUCAGCGUGUCGUCUAACGGCCCUCCACCCCCAACAAGCCAUCUGGACAAGAAGUCACUCGACUCCUUGAGAGACGUGGCUACGCCCGACCUCAAGUCGGGCAAACCUAGUGAUGUCAUCUGCAUUGAGGACUAGGCCAGCUCUGCAAAACUGACCCGAGGUCAGAAAACUCCCAGGGAUGGAAUCCGUGUGGAUGACAGCCGCCCAUCUCCUCCUCCUCCUCCUCUUUCUCCUGCUCCUUCCUGACUUCAAACCUACAGAGCUCUCUGAGGCGAUUCACUUUUUGAUUAAUGCAGAUGUAUCUAUCCUAACAAUUGCACUUUUAUCUUUUCGAGGAUCCUAUAGAAGUAUUUCAGUCGAUAUUUGCUUUUGUUAACCAGUGCUGGAGAGCCGAGGAUCAGGAGGGGAAAUGAAGAAGCCUUUCUGAAGGAGGAUUUUUAUUUUCAGCCCCGUGCUGCGAGGCGAAACUCAUGACUUGAGUUUUCCGAUGCUCUUGAUUGGGGCUCAUUCUAAUCUUGGAAUGUGUGUUUUGUUCGCGCCAGACUUUUUCAUCCUGCGUGCGCCCUGUUGCUUUUCUCCAUCUGCCUAUUCACUGUACACUGUGACUGUGCCCCGCUGGAGCGUGUUCCCUGUGAGGAGGAGUGUAGGACGUCUUCAGUCAUGGUCUGAUAGGUUUUUUCUGAGGGCCAAUAUUGUUACUUUAAAUGAAUAAGUGUUUUUGUCAUUCAUGUAGUAACCAGUGGAUAAAGUAUUGAUUUGAAAGCAUCAAAAACUAUUAUCAUGUAUGCAGUAGCUGGACACACAGUCUGUCUGAAUCCUCUAAAGACUGCCACCCGCUGUUCAUCUGGAGAAAGUAAUCUCCGCAAAAACCUGCAGUACCUGUAACCUGCGUGGGUUGGCUUCUUGUACUGUAUAUACUCAGAGACUGCUGUUUAUUUUACCUCACAUAGGUCUAAUCAUAGUGAAAAUAUGUACUCACACACACACACACACACACGGAUGAAAUCAGAAGCCUUGCCAACGUACGUGAAGAUGGAGCAGAGGAGAAAAAGCCGCAGGAGUGGCAAAAUUUUUAAACGCAUUUCAGAGAAGACUGAGUAUUUCUGUGUACGGUACAAUAUUUGUGAUUCUUAUUAUAUUUGAAUGUUAGUAGUGGCUGUAGAGCUUAACCCUGGGGCCAUGACCAGUGGGACUGCACUAUAAACAGGAACUCAUCUGGUCCACAUCCACACACUGUACAGGGCUCUUUAACGUUCAGAGUCCUGAGUGGAGAUUUUACGUACAUCCCAGGGACUUUUCCCCAGCUCCCUUUCAUCGUUAGAACCGCAUAAGAACAUAUGUGCUUACGGCGCAGCGCCACUUUAAGUCGAGUAUUUGUCGCUAAGAUGAGCUUUUUUGUUUGCUUCUCUUUACGUUGAGGUUAAAUAAGAUGUGUUAGGUCACUUGGUGCCAUUAGAGGAGAUGAUACUGUAUGAUUUGUUCUUUGAUGCGGUGUGUUUCCAACACAGAGCUGAAGACUGACAUUAGGGCUGGGCGAUAUGGGAAAAAAUAUAAAU